GCGUGUACAUUGACUUUAUGAUAUUUUUUUUCUUCGUUUUGCUGCUCCUCCAUCAUCAACCACAAAAUUAUUGCCUGCUGCGCUAACCAUGGCUGAUGCUCUUGUAUCAAAGGUCUUGCAGCAGCUAACUUCAACCAUUGAAAAUGAGUCAGCAUUAAUCCUUGGUGGGAAAAAGAAGGUUGAAAAGCUUACUACAACCCUCACUGCUAUCAGAUCUGUGCUCAUUGAUGCUGAGAAAAAGCAAGUGAAAGAAAGGAGUGUGCGGGUUUGGUUAGAACAGCUUGAGGCCAUAUCUUAUGACUUGGAUGACUUGCUAGAUGAAUGGAACACCAAGAUCUGUGAACCCAAAAGAAUGGAGAUAAUGGACCGUCAUCAUUCCUCCCUUUCCAAGAAGAUGGUACGUCUCUCCAACUUUCUUUCACCAUGUUUUUGUGUCAAUCAACUUGUUAUGCAUCGUGAUAUUGGUAGCAAGAUGGAAUGUAUUAAAGAAAGACUAGAUGACGUUGCAAAUGAGAAAGACAAGUACCAUUUUGAUCUUGACGGCAAGACGGAAGAAGCAGAGCGACAGGAAACUACACCUCUAAUUGAUGUUUCAGAGGUAUGUGGUCGGGACUUCGAUAAAGAUACUAUAAUAAGUAAGCUGUGUGAAGAAGGCGAAGAAGAGAACUGCCCUCUUAUUAUCUCCAUAGCUGGGAUGGGAGGCAUGGGAAAGACAACUCUUGCUCAGUUGGUGUUCAGUGAUGAUAAAGUGACUGCUCAUUUCGAGCACAGAAUCUGGGUGUGUGUUUCCGAGCCUUUUGAUAGGAUCCGGAUUGCAAAAACGAUCAUUAAUGCUUUUGAUGAACUCCAUACGUACAUAUUGUGGCAACAUUUGCAAGAACAUCUGCGCAAGUCCGUCAUGGGAAAGAAGUUCCUUCUUGUGCUGGAUGAUGUAUGGACUGAUGACUUCAGGAUAUGGGAACCAAUAAAGGUACCCCUUAAAUCUGGAGCCCAAGGGAGUAGAAUUUUAGUGACUACAAGGAAUGAGGGAGUUUCAAAAAUGAUGGAUGCUGCUUACAUGCUUCCUCUAGGUAAAUUGUCUCCUGAGGAUUCUUGGUCAUUGUUUAGUAAAUUUGCUUUCUACGGAAAGAGCAGAGAGGAUCGUGAUAAUUUAGAAAUAAUUGGUAGAGAAAUUGCAGACAAAUGCCAAGGUCUGCCUCUGGCUGUAAAGUCCUUAGGGAGUCUAAUGCGCUUCAAGGACACGAAACAAGCUUGGGAGAGUGUCCUUCACAGUGAAUUGUGGGAAUUGGAAGAAGCUGAAAGGGGAAUUUUUCCUCAUCUGUUAUUGAGUUAUCAUGACUUGUCACCCCCCAUUAAACGGUGUUUUGCAUUUUGUGCUAUUUUCCCUAGAGAUCAUAAGAUAGAGAGAGAGACUUUGAUACAGCUUUGGAUGGCUCAAGGUUUCCUUGUUCCAACGGGAAGUGUUGAAAUGGAGCAAAUAGGUGCAGAGUAUUUUGAUAACUUAGUAAUGCGCUCAUUCUUUCAAGAUUUGGAAAGAGACAGGGAUAAUUUCAGCAUAGUUGCUUGCAGGAUGCAUGACAUUGUGCAAAGCUUUGCCCAGUUUCUUUCAAAGAACCAAUGCUUCGUUAUCGAAUUUGAUGAGAAAAAUGUGUUAGAGAUGGCUUCUUUGCAUACGAAAGCCCGUCACAUGACCUUAACGGGUAGAGAGAAACAGUUUCAUCCCAUCAUUUUCAACCUGAAGAAUCUGCGUACACUGCAGGUCCUACAAAAGGAUGUGAAGACAGCUCCUUCUGAUCUAUUUCAUGGCAUGCAGUGCCUCAGGGGAUUGGAUUUGAGCCAUACUUCAAUUACAGGACUUCCGAGUGCUGUUGGUAGACUUUUUCAUUUAAGAUGGUUAAAUUUAUCUGGCUUGAAUUUUGUAGUGUUGCCUGAUACUAUCUGUAAGUUGUAUAAUUUGCUGGCCUUAAAACUUCAUGGUUGUAGACGUCUUCAUAGACUACCUAGAGGCCUUGGAAAGCUAAUCAACCUGAGAUAUCUUAAUAUUGAAGAGACCGAAAGCCUUAGCGUACUGCCACAAGGAAUUGGGAGAUUAAGUAACCUCCGCACUUUGAGCAAGUUUUGUAUUGGUGAGAAUGGGGAAGGAUGUAAUGUUGGAGAACUGAAAAACCUCAAUCAUCUCAGAGGGCAUCUGGAAAUAAGUGGGGUGGAGAAGGUCAGAGAUGUGAAUGAAGUGAUGGAGGCGAACUUGAAAAAUAAGGAGCACCUAAGAAGUUUGGAUCUAGCAUUCUCGUUCGGAGGGCAAGAGCUGAUCACAAAUGUUCUUGAAGCUUUGCAACCACAUCCUAACUUGGAAGCUUUACUUGUUUACGACUAUGGUGGAUCAAUUUUGCCCAGCUGGAUGACAUUACUUACAAAGAUGAAAGAUUUGAAACUCCUCGGAUGUGUAAACUGCAAGGAGUUGCCUUCUUUGGGGAAACUCCCAUCUCUAGAAAAACUUCUUAUAGGACACUUCAACAAUGUAAAAUGCGUUGGUGUUGAGUUUCUUGGGAUAGAUCCUGUCACAGAUCAAAAUUCUAUUACAGAAUCAAUUGUUUUAUUCCCAAAGUUGAAAGAGCUCACCUUUCGCUAUAUGGUGGAGUGGGAAAAUUGGGAUACAACAACAACAACCUCAACUGCGACAAGGAGGACAAUGCCAUGUCUGCGCUCAUUAUCACUCUAUGAUUGCCCCAAGCUUAAGGCAAUACCAGAAGGCCUCAAGCAGAGGCCUCCGGAGGAAUUGAUCAUCACCAGAUGCCCCCUUUUGGAAUAGCAAUGUUGUAGCCAUAGCCUUCCAAUUGACUGGCACUUAAUGACAAACCAUGCUCUACCUGGAAAUUUUGGUCAAGUCAUGAUUCUGUCAAAAGCUCAGUUUUGUUUUCGUAUAUAUUCAAAAGCUUUCCAACUAUUAUUUCUAGAAGUUCUGUUUGUCUAACUUGGGAUUUCUUGCAUCAUUUAAUUAAACUUUGGUGAUUAAACCUUGCAUAAUAUUCAGUUCAUCCAUAAUUCAUUUAUAGCAUCCACAAACCAAUGAUCUGUGGAAAAACUUGGUUUGGAAAUUGCAUUCUUUAUUGUCUA